AUGAUUCAAAGGUCGUCGAGAGCAAAACGCUUAAUAGAGGAAGGACAGUAAAAUCUCUCUCUGAAAAAGUUGGUCAAAUUUUCACAUUAUGAAACAAUUUUCAAGUUUGUUUUCUUUCUUGUCAUAAUUGUUAUCUCCCUAUAUAGUUUCGAUAUCAUCUAAUUUUAGCAAUUCCUUCAAGAAAAGAAUUUUCGAAGAUUCGAUUGGAAAGACAUCAAAUGGCUUUUUAUUGGACUGAUUCUGAUACAUAUUACGAAAGAGAUAAAUAGGAUGCUUGCCAUUGGCUAUGUUGAAAGAAGGUUAGAUCCAAAAUAUGUAGGAACUGAUCGAUAAUUACGAGUAUAAAAAAUUGUCAAAUGGAUUUAUGACACUGUGUAUUACAGCAGUGCUACUCUCUUCGCAUUCAUCACAUUUCGAAAUGAAAAAUGGUUCCCAACCGAAUUUGGUGGAACUAAUUUUAAAGAGACUUUAUAUGAUUUUCCUAAUAUCCCAGAUAAUCCUUGGGUUCCUGUGUAUUAUAUGGUUCAGGCCUCAAGUCAUGUGCAUGCCUUAUUGUUACUCAUGGUUUAUGGUACAAAAAUAGAACUGAAGUAUUGGGAAUAUUUAUUACACCAUUCACUUGCUGUUAGUUUACUUUACUUUUCAACAAUGUAUAAUUGUGAGAAUAUUGGAAUUGUGGUUCUACUACUCCACGAUAUCAGUGACAUAUUCUUGGCCUUGGGAAGAGCAUAUGGGGAUCUUGGAAAGAACAAGAUUUUAGUCUACCUUGGAUUCUCCUCGAUAUAAAUCUCUUGGUUGUACACAAGAGUCUAUGUGUUCCCAUUAAAGAUUUACGAUUGCAUAUUGAACCAUCCAUAAUUCUUGCCUUAUUGGGAUAGAACAAAACACGCCUAUUACAAUCAAAUUGGACUGAUGGUAUUACUCUUCGGAAUGCAUGUUUAUUGGACAAUAUUUAUGGUGAAAGUAGGAUUGGGCAUCUUCUCAUCUGGUCGUUAUAAGAAUAUUUAUGAUAAUAGAGAAAAUAAGUUAGAUCACAAGAAAGAAAAUUGAAAUAUAAUAUUAUCAAUUCUUGAUUUUCAAUAUUAAAUUAA